UUAUUAAUUAUUUGUAGAGAUGAAGCGUGGGCGUAUUUGAGGUUGGUGGUGGUGGAAGCAUAGCAUUAUCAUUUAUCAUCCAAAGAUGUUCGAGGCACAGCCAUACACACGUGCGAAGACCGAGGAAUUCGACCUCGAAUCAGGCGAAACCCUCUACCCAGGCCUCAGCGCCGGCGAGAAUCAGCUCCGAUGGGGCUUCAUCCGCAAGGUCUACGGCAUCCUCUCCGCUCAGAUCCUCCUCACCACGCUCGUCUCUCUCAUCACCGUUUUCUAUUCUCCCAUCAACCAUCUCCUCAAGGGAAAUUCCACCCUCCUUCUCUUCCUCCUCUUCCUUCCCUUCAUAUUUUUGAUUCCUCUCCUCAAGUACCAGCAGAAGCAUCCUCAUAAUUACAUCUUCCUCGGACUCUUCACCGUCUCCAUCAGCUCCACCGUCGGAGUCACCUGCGCUAACACCGACGGGAAAAUUGUGCUGGAGGCGUUGAUUUUGACCUCGGCCGUUGUUUCCUCUCUGACGGGCUACGCCUUUUGGGCCUCCAAGAGGGGCAAGGAUUUCACCUUCCUCGGCCCAAUUUUGUUCACUUCCCUCUUUACUCUCUUCCUCACCGGCAUGAUGCAGAUGUUCUUCCCUCUUGGGCCUACGGCCCAUGCCAUCUACGGUGCAGUUGGGGCUAUGAUAUUCUCUGGAUAUAUUGUGUACGACACUGACAACCUCAUAAAGCGAUUCACUUAUGAUGAGUACAUUGGGGCUUCUGUCACUCUUUAUCUCGACAUCCUCAACCUCUUCCUUUCCAUCUUGAGGAUGCUCAGGGAGGCAAAUAAUUGAGGUUCACUAAUGUUGUCUCAUUCAAACUCUUUAUAAUACUACUGCAUUCUGCUUCUCUUAUGAUCCAAUGCAGCUUAUGAUAUACUUUGUUUACAUGAAAUUUAAAGAUUUACAAUUGUAUGUAUGCUUGCGUCACUCGUGUAAUAAUCUAAUCUCCCUUUGCUUGUGUCAACACAUUUCUCAUGUUGCUAUCGUCUAAUUUUCCUCAGGGGUGUAAAACCCACUGUUAUUUUGGUGCACUGCCAAAUUGCAUGUGGAGCUAUAGCAAUAUACUCUCUUUUAUCGACUGGAUGUAUGUGUAUCCCACUAAGACUCGUCGAAUGGGGAAGGUUAUCUAUAUGUUUA